AUGAUUUCGUUCAAUUUAAAAAAUCAUGCGCUCAGAAUAAAACAGAGAUUGCGAGAAAAUCGAGUCGAAAAUUUGCUCUGGACUGUAGACUUUAUGCCAAGACUGUCUGGAUCGUCGUUGGAAAAGAAGAAAAAACUUAACGUUCCAAUCUGGAUCAUCACAGUGGGACUUCUGAUUUACAUAUAUGGAGUGGGAAGUUUCGUAUAUCAAUAUAGAGUCGCAGAAAGUCACGGGGACUAUAUCAAGAGUAAUGUCAACGUGUCUAUCUUCAUUUUGACAUUGAACAAUUGCAUUUGGUGGAUACGACAAAGGAAACUCCUUAUAAAAGUGUUAAAGGAUGUCAAAGUAAACGAUGGACUUGCAAGGAGCAUGACUUGUUCCAUGGAAAAAAGCGAGAAGGUUCUAUCCGUGGUCAAAAAGGUUGUUCUAGGCUUUUGUGGGCUAAUUAUGAUCAAUGCUCUGUUUAUCUACCUCCCGAAUCGAUUUAAUAUAUCAAAUGACCAAUAUUGUAUGACGCCAUGUGUUGGUAUGGGACCAAUCGCAGAGACACCGAAUCGGCAAUUGUGCAUGGUGACCAUUUUUGUCCAAGAAGUGGGGGUGAUUGCUGUAGAUAUUAAUUACCAAAGCAUGCAAAUACUUUUGAUGUGUCACACAGCAGCUAUGUACCAUCUUUUGGCUCAUGACAUACUAUUUCUGGACGAACCUAUUUUGGAUGAAAUUCAAUACCAAGCUGUGAAGGAAAAACUGUCCUUUCUCAUCAAACGUCAUGUCUUAUCGCUGGACAUGAUCAAAAAUAUUCAAUCAUUAUACAGUUCUCCAAUGGGAGUCAAUUUUGGACUAAACACUGUCUGUAUAGGAUUGAUCUUCUACCUACCGACGGAGGAGUGGAUGGACUUCUGCCCCUUUGUAAUUUACUGCUUCUUUGUCUUCUUUCUGUAUUGCUAUCUCUCUCAGAAGUUAAUAGAUGCGUCAGAAUUGUUCGAGCGGUCGGUGUACGCUUGUGGCUGGGAGAACUUCGAAUGGAGGGAGAGAAGAGUCGUGUACAUAAUGCUCUUGCAAGCUCAGAAGCCGAUACAAUUGUUGGCUGCCGAUAUCGUUCCAGUUAAUAUUUACACAUUCGCUACAACUAUACAAAUGUUGUACAAGUUCGUUACUGUAAUGAAGUUUUAA